AUAAAAGUACCCCAACAGCAUAAUCAAAUAAGAUUUGAACUGAGCCAUGAACGGAGGUAUUAGGACAGAAGAAAAAUCUUGAUCAAACAGCAUCUUAAAAGAGGAGAAAACACAGUUUCCACCUGUUCACUGAAGGUAGAAUACCCCAGAACUGAGUUAAACUAUAGUGUUGGAGACAGUCUAACAUUGAACUGUACAGUUUUAUUCCACCAUCAAGAUGUUCUUGCAACGUAUUGGUGUAAGGUACAUUCAAAUAGCUGUCAGCCACUGAAUGGGUCAAUGAAUCAGCAGCUCAAUUCACAUCCUUCUGAAAGCACAGAAAACAUGGUACUAGUGGUUUACACAGUCCCUUCUGUUACCUUGGACGACAGCGGCGUAUAUCGAUGUCAAGCUAAUCAAAGAGGUGUGACUUUAUACGGUCACUCUGUCAUGGUGUCUGUAUUUGAAAAUACAAGUGCUAGCUGCUCUCUCUUGGUAUUGUACCAAAGGGCAGUUUUUAAUUACAGUGUCAGUGACAGUCUCACCUUAAACUGUACCAUUCAGUUCUGUGCUAAUGGAACACAAUUGCCUAAGGCUCACUGGUGUAAGAUGUUUGGAAAUGUUUGUCAGCCAGUGACUGGAAGGACUCAUCAUCCAAACAUGAGCUAUUCUCUUCUUGUCGGGGACAAGAAGAUGUCAGUGAUUCACACUGUUGCUCAUGUUGAGCUGAGUACAAGUGGCUUUUACCAGUGUCAAGCAACAGAAGGAGCUGUAACCACAAUGGGCCAGUUUGUUCAAGUGAAUGUGAAAGAUUGUUCACCGACAUGUUCAGUAUGGAGGUGGUACAGUAUCGGCAGAUGGGUCAUAUUUGGUUUGAUGGCCAUGAUGCCAAUAUCAUUGUGCGUCAUAGGGUGUGGCCAAGGAUGACAUUGAGCUGACAUCACCACUGAUCCUUACUGUUCUCUACAAUCAUCAACCAUUGGUAGCUCCGAAAAGAACAAAAUCUGGCCAAGACAUACUCCACAAGCAAAACCACACUGAAGCAGCAUUCUUCAGACAGCUCAGCAUUCAAUAUGACCUUAGUAAUUAAAAUUCACAGAAGGAUUUCACGCUAACAAGAAUGCAGGCUAUAGCAAUUAUGCAGAAUCUUAUCUUCUUGUAGAGAAAACAUAUUUGCAGAUUAUGGAAUGGAUUUCAUGUGCCCCUACUAGUACAUUUGAAACCAAUCAUGCUGGUGGCGAGUGGAUGUGGGGUGAGGAAGAGAUCAUAAAAUUCAGCUUGGUGUUUGUAUCUUUUCUGUUUCAUAGUGAAUUCCAGAAAUAAAUAUUCUAAGAAACUGAUCCAA